GGCGUGGGCGGGGCUUAGUUUCGGGUGCGCGGCCAGGCUGGCGGGUCCUGACAGUCCUCGUCCCCGCGCGCCUGCUCUGGUUCUCCUCGCUGCUCGCUAGCCAGCCAUGACAGGCUCACUGUUCAAGGGGAACUUUUGGACUUCAGACAUCCUCAGCACCAUUGGCUAUGACAGCAUCGUCCAGCAUCUGAACAAUGGCCGCAAGAACUGCAAAGAGUUUGAAGACUUUUUAAAAGAAAGGGCAUCAAUUGAAGAGAAAUAUGGCAAAGAUCUGCUCAGCCUCACUAGGAAGAAGCCAUGUGGACAGUCUGAGACCAACACCCUGAAGCGAGCCCUUGAAGCCUUCAAGCAGCAAGUAGACAAUGUGGCACAAAGUCACAUCCACCUUGCACAGACUCUAAGAGAAGAAGCCCGGAAGAUGGAGGAAUUUAGGGAAAAGCAAAAGUCACAACAAAAAAAGAUGGAGCUUAUAAUGGAUGCUGCCCAUAAACAAAAGAGCUUACAAUUCAAGAAAACCAUGGAUGCAAAGAAGAACUAUGAGCAGAAAUGCCGAGAUAAAGAUGAAGCAGAGCAGGCUGUCCACCGCAGUGCCAACAUGGCAAACCCGAAGCAACAAGAAAAGCUUUUUGUGAAACUGGCAACUUCAAAGACUGCGGUAGAAGACGCGGACAAGGUGUACAUGCUGCACAUCAACACGCUGGACAGGGUCCGGAGUGAGUGGCAGAGCGAGCACAUCAAGGCCUGCGAGGUGUUUGAGACUCAAGAAUGUGAACGAAUAAACUUCUUUCGAAAUGCACUGUGGUUACAUAUGAAUCAGCUUUCACAACAAUGCGUCACAAGUGAUGAGAUGUAUGAAAAAGUCCGUAAGAGUUUAGAGAUGUGCAGCAUUGAGAAGGACAUUGAGUACUUUGUGAAUCAACGCAGAACUGGACAGACUCCACCAGCACCCAUCAUGUAUGAGAAUUUCUACUGCCCCCAGAAGAAUGCAGCCCCAGGAAAGGCUACAGGGCCUAACUCGGCAAGGAGAGGACCUCUACCAAAUCCUAAAAGCUUACCAGAUGACCCUGAUUACUCUUUACUUGAUAAUAACUACAGUUUGAUCUAUCAGUAACAUCAGUGACAACAAAGCUUUUUCUGGCUGGCAUUUCUAAGGCAUGGAAGGAAGCACUUAAAGCAGCAGAAUCUGUAGAAAUUAUGUCAAUCAUGAAGACUUCGAAGUGAACCCUUGCUAUGAUUUUUUAAUAUUUUUAAGUUUAUGGCAGUCAUUUAGUUCAACUUAAUCUAGUAGAGUUCUGCAGUUUUUAAAAGUUUGUAAAUUGCCCAAGACUGAAGAAUUAUCCUUUCCUAAUCAAGUUACUAAAAUUGUAUGUUUUCUACUUGAUUCAGGAAAGUCUUUGGAUUUAAAACUUUGACUUGCGGUUUGGGGCAGGGAAGGGUGAAGAGGAGUCUGAGCCAGCAACCCGCUCAAGAAGCUCCUUUGCCUUUGAGGGCAGUGUGGCUAUGGAAUUUCCAUGGUGACACAUAACUCUCAGUGGUGCAAGAUUCAAAAUCACCUUCCUUUUUGGCUGGAAGAUUUAAAGGCCAUCUGAUAGCACUUUCUCAUUUUGCAGAUGAGGAAAUGGGGCCCAGAAGUGUGAAAUCAAUCUCCCUACAGUUAGGGACAGACGCAGAAGUAGAGGGCAAGCUCAUCUCACGUUAUCAUCCUUCUAACGCUUCCUGAGGCUGUGAUGCUUAUGUUGAAAUUUGAGACACCAAAGUUUUUGCGGGUUUGAAUGUCAGGUUUAUUUUUAUAUGGCUCACUAUGUGUACUGAACUACAGAGCACCGUAUUUAAUCUAAGAAGCCAUUCAUUGUAAAACAUCCCAUUAUUUAUAUGCCUCUAAGAAAGUCAGUAGAGGAGCUGAUGCUUGUGACAAUGGCUAAGCCCACUGGAAUUUGAGCUUCUAAAGUGUAGGGGACAAUACAUCCUAGAAUCAGUGAAAUACGGUAUGUUGACUCUAUCCCAGAAGAGCGUUUUAGACUUACAAAACCGGUACUCAAUCUUGAGUCUUCACAGAGAAGCUUUUCCUUGUUAGAUCCUGGAAUUUUUAAAGUGUCAAUCUUACCCUCUCACAAGUAUCUGAGUCUUUUUUGGUCACCCACACACAGCCCAGAGAUUGUGUACCUUGUCUAAUAUUCACACUGAGUAAACUGCAUUUUAGUUAAUGACAAGUUAAAAUCACACAGGCAUGGUUGUAACAUUCUGGUACCACAAAGAGCAAACACUUUCCUUUUCUGCUCUGUGCAUAGCUUUCCCAGAAGCAUGGACAAAGUGAUUGAAGGAAGGCUGAUAAUUUCCCCUUUUUGCAUAAGGUGCUGCUGGAAGAGGCGGCUUCUUGUCAUGGCCGGACGCUUGCAUCAGCUGGAUAUCCUUUUGAGAAACUGAAAUUUGCAAAGGGCCAUUGACUUCCCCAAACUGAACAGGCUCAGGAAAUUUUCCUUUGAACUCAGAAGAUUCUGUUUUUAAGUAUUUUAUUUAUUAUUAGCAGGUCCUCAGGGAUUUCAGUUUUCUCUCUAUUGGUCAAUAUAAUUGAUGUAAAAAGUUUUAAGAAUUGAAAAUAUUUUUAUUUUAUUGCUCUGCCAGUUUGAUAUGAAGUGAAAUAAAGAUUCUUGGUGAUUUGGUGUUUA